AUGAGCAAGGACGUGAAUUUCUCCAAGGAAGAAGUCACCUCGCACCCGCGCGUUCUCGAAGGUGAGGAGCAGACGAUUGCACCGGCACGGCAGUCUUCCAUCUUCGCGCCAACAUUGGACGAGCUGCAAUACUCUAUGUGCGAGGCAGGGCACAACUUUGGGUCCAUGAACAUGGACGAGUUCAUGAGCAACAUAUGGAAUGCCAAGGAGUUCCAAGAGGCGACCGGUGGUGUCUUGGUGGGCAUGGAGGUGGCUCCGGUGGUGGGUGCUGAUGGAGGCCGAGGUGGCGAAGAUGCAGGAGGAAGCAACCAAGCCCGACAGGAGUCGUUCUCCUUGCCUCCCCCGCUAUGCCGGAAGAUGGUGGAGGAGGUGUGGGCUGAGAUCAACAGGGAGACCCGCCUGGUGCAUUCCCAGCCUCAGUCCGCGCGGCCCUCGCCAUUGAUUCCCGUCGAACCACCGGCGGGGAAUGGUGGUGGGGUCGCGGCGAAUGAACAGCGGGGGACGCUUGGAGAGAUGACGCUAGAACAAUUUCUUGUCAAGGUUGGUGUGGUCCGAGGAUCUGGCACUGGCGGCCAAGCACCUGUGCCGGUCGGCAUGGUCCAUGGACAGAUGAACCCUGCACCGGCCAACGACAUGUUCCAGGUGAUGGGCGAUGGCAUGGUGUACAUCCCCAACGGGUAUGUAGGGAUAGUCGUGGUGCCGCCACCACCACCUCCUCAAGGUGGGGUGGGUAUCGUGAGCCCAGGGUCGUCGGACGGGAGGAGCACCAUGAUGGAGGUUGACAUGAUGAACUGUAUGGGCGACAAAACGAUGAUGGAGAACAGCGGCGCGCGGAAGCGCGGCGCUCCGGAGGAUCAGUCCUGUGAGGGGAGCAUCGAGCGCCGCCACCACCACAUGAUCAAGAACCAUGAGUCAGCCGCACAAUCGUGUGGCAGGAAGCAGGCUUAUACCAAGGAGCUUGAAGCCGAACUAAACCACCUCAAGGAGGAGAACGCUCGUCUGAAAGCUGAGGAGCUAGUGGAGAAGAUGAUGGAGCAGUCCAAGGAAAAUGUGAACACCAAGAAGGGUGGCACCCUGUCGCGGCGCUGCUGGGGUGGUAUAGUUGACGGUGUCCUGGACAAGGGGGUACUCACCACGUCGUCUCCCGACCAGUGGGUAAUCGACUUCGACUGUGUCACGCGGUCUCUUCGGCAAGUCGACAUUGUCGUCCCAAUCGGCAUAAAUCGGCCCGCGUGA